AUGGAAAACCAAAAUGUGGUAGCGCCUGAAUCAACCAUCAACUUGGCCAUCACCGUUGACGUGGCAAACUCGUCGAAUAACCUUGAAAUGGAUGGCGGAGCAAGAAUUAGUGCCUGGGUCGACUCAAUGAGAGCCUCCUCUCCCAAACAUCACAAAUCGACACCCUCUCUUGUUGAGGACCAAGCUUCUUGGAUGGGACAACACCCAUCUGCUUUGGACAUGUUUGAAUACAUAAUUGAUGAUUCAAAAGGGAAACAAAUAGCAAUGUUUCUUGACUACGACGGAACACUGUCUCCGAUUGUGAAAGACCCAGACCGAGCUUUUUUGUCAGACAAGAUGCGAGCAACAGUGAGAAAGUUAGCAACGUCUUUCCCAACAGCCAUAGUUAGUGGCAGAAGCAUAGACAAGUUGUAUGAAUUUGUUGGACUGGAUGAGCUGUACUACGCUGGAAGUCAUGGCAUGGAUAUUAGAGGACCACGGGAAGCAGGAUCCAAAUACAAGAAAGGUAGUGAAGCUGUUCUCACUCAACCAGCCAUUGAAUUUCUUCCUAUGAUUGAUGAGGUUUACAAAGAACUUGUAGAGAGAACAAAAUCAACUCCGGGAGCUAAAGUUGAAAACAACAAGUUCUGCUUAUCUGUUCAUUUUCGCUGUGUUGAGGAAGAGAAAUGGAAGGAACUGGUAGAGCAGGUUGGAUCAGUAAUUAAGGAGUACCCAACGCUCCUGCUUAAACAAGGGAGGAAGGUGUUAGAAAUCCGACCUACCAUUGAGUGGAACAAAGGGAGGGCCCUUGAGUUUUUGUUGGAAUCACUUGGGUUUGCUAAUUGUAGUGAUGUAUUCCCUGUUUAUAUUGGAGACGACAAAACAGAUGAAGAUGCAUUUAAGGUACUGAGAGAAAGAGGACAAGGUAUUGGGAUUCUAGUGUCCAAAUUUCCGAAGGACACCAAUGCGUCCUACUCUUUGCAGGAACCCAAUGAGGUUAUGGCCUUUUUACAACGAUUGGGAAACGGGUGUCCUUCGGAGGGGAAGCCAGUGACCAUAUGGCUUGAGAAAGUCUUAAAGGAUCUGUGGCAAGGGAAGAUGGCUGGAACUUCAGGUUUGCCUACACCACCUGGGUAUGAACCUUCUGAACUUGACGAUGAUGCAACAAUACAGCAAAUCAAGCAACAAAAGGAGCUACACACAAAGAAUUUUAAAGCUCUCUCCUUUAUUCAUGGGGCUAUAUCAGAAGUGGUCUUUUAUCGUAUUGUUGGGUUGAAGAUGCUAAAGAAGUCUAGAAUAAGCUCAAGGAGGAGUACCAGGGUAGUGAAAAGAAUGAAGGAAAGAGACUCUGUGAAGGAUUAUUCUGACAAGUUGGUGGGGCUGGUUAACAAAAUGAGAUUGUAUGGAGAGGAGACUUCAGAUCAAAAGAUUGUGGAUAAAAUACUAAUAAGCUUGCCAGAGAGAUUUGAAGCAAUAGUCUCUACAAUAGAAGAGUCAUGUGAUCUCAAGAUACUUAUUGUCUUAGAACUGUGUAGCAAGCUCCAAGUGCAGGAGUAG